CGCAGUCCUAGCCGUCCGAUGUUACCGCAAGCACGUGCUGGGACCUGCAGGGAAGAACCGAAGACCCUGACCCACCGACUGCGCCGCCGGCCUCGAUUCCUCGAAAGAGCUGGAGAACAGCAGAGCAAGAAGAGUCAUGGAGAUGGAGAUGCUGCGGACGCGAGACCAGGCUCCCACGACGGCAUAAACCUCUCUGCCAUUUGAGUAGGAGGGGGGAGGCGGAGGCGGAGGAGAUGCAGAACGCGGCCCUUCUCCUCCUCCUCGUCCCCGUGAAGCGUGGCCCGCGACCGACAGGAGCUCGCUCGCUGUCAUCUCGAGAUCUCAAGCAGCUGAUUGGUUGGACAUUCUCUUUUUUUGAUAUACUUACUACCUUGCAAGCUAGUUAAAGAUGAACUCGACACGCCGAGCUUCAAAAGCGGCAAAGUCAACAAUCAAUUACCACAGGUUUUCAUUAGAUGAGCACCAUUUAUUUGAGCCAGAUGCUUUGAUUACUAAGGAGCGAGAUGCCAAUCAUCAAUCAAGGCAAAGUUCUCAAUCUUGCAGAACAUAUGCUUACAGAAGAUUGACCACUCCCCAGUUUGUAUCUGCAUUGACUGGAAUCUGGAAUCUUGUUGGCCAGCCUGAAUCAUCUGGCACAACUCAAAGAUCUGAUAUUCAUGGGACUUCGAGUAGGGAAGAUCCUGUGUGCUUUAGCAGGGAUCAACAAGGAAAUAUACUGACACCUUGCCGUGUGGAAAGCUCAAGUGGUUUGAGAUCUCAAAACUUUUUGUCUACACCAAAAGAAAUUUAUGAGGAUCUUAUUUCGGUAAAGAAGAAGAUGUUAAUGCUGACACCAUUCAAUAGCAUUGUUGGUGCAUCAUUCACAUGGAGGCAUAUGCAUUCCACAAAUAAUGUUGGAGGUGCAGAUUAUUUGCAAUUUGGAACUAUAUACUCUAUGCAAACCGAAAAGAUGGAAAAAAUUGGGACUUCUGAGAAUAGCAAAAGAAGCAUGUGUGAGGAAAUUUGUGCUGGUUCCAACAAUAUAGACAUUAGUAGCUAUUCGAAUCAAAGAAGAAGCACGCCUAAUGAGCUAUUUACUAUCUCAAAUGAAGAAACUAGCAGUACACAUGAUUGUGAAAGUUCUCGACACAAUACUGAAUGCAAUCUAGAAAAAUUUCAAGAAGAUUCUAUUUUUUUAGCUUGCCCAGUUCACGAAAUGGAAAUUGCCAAAGAGGUGAGGAUAUUGCCAGGGAAUCAGGUUUUCAGUGAGGCAUGCACAGAUGAUCAGCUUGACGAAUCAAAACACAUGUCUUGUCUGGUGGGUGAUGCUGUUGUUCUUAAUUCAGCAAAUGCAGAUGAAUGUGCUAGUAGGGAUGAUGUGUGUCUGCAGCUUUCUGUUGACAAGUGUUCACAAGAGCUCCAACCAACUUUUCAGCAUCAAUUUGAUGGUGCUGUUACCGUAAAUAGGCAUGCUGUGUCAGGAGCAUUAGCUGGGACAGCAGUCAGUGUUUCUUUGCAUCCAAUUGAUACUGUGAAAACGAUAAUUCAGGCUAACAGUUGUGGACAAAGUUCAGUCUACCAUACACUAAGGCGCACACUUGUUGAGAGAGGUGUUAUGGGGCUAUAUGGAGGACUUGCUAGCAAACUUGCUUGUUCUGCACCAAUUUCUGCUAUUUAUACCUUAACUUAUGAAACAGUAAAGGGGGCUCUUCUGCCUGUUUUUCCAAAGGAAUAUCAUUCAAUUGCGCAUUGUGCUGCUGGUGGCUGCUCUAGUAUUGCAACAUCCUUUGUUUUUACACCCAGUGAAUGCAUAAAACAACAAAUGCAAGUGGGUUCCCAUUAUCAGAACUGCUGGAAUGCUUUAGUAGGAUGCCUCAAAAAGGGUGGCAUUGCUUCAUUAUACACUGGAUGGGGUGCUGUUCUUUGCAGAAAUAUCCCACAUUCCAUAGUAAAGUUUUAUGCCUAUGAGAGUCUGAAGCAGUCUCUGUUGAAAUCAGCACCUGAUGAUGCCAAACUCAAUUCUGGCCAAACGCUUUUAUGUGGAGGUUUUGCUGGGUCAACUGCUGCUCUCUGUACAACGCCAUUUGAUGUUGUCAAGACACGAGUGCAAUUACAGGCACUCAACCCUGUUAGCAAGUAUGAUGGGGUGGUUCAUGCACUAAAAGAAAUUUUUCGGCGUGAAGGCUUAUGUGGUCUUUACAGGGGUUUGAUUCCAAGGCUGGCUAUGUAUAUGUCUCAAGGUGCUAUAUUCUUUACGUCCUAUGAGUUUCUCAAUACAUUAAUGUUUUCUGAACCCGAACAAGAGGUUCCCACGAGGAGCUUUUGAUCGUGAAAUGAGAUGAUGGUGCAGUGCAGCAACACUGCAAGUACAGAACUGGCAUCGGUAUGCGGAUCUGGGAUAGUCUGACCUGUGAGGGGUUUAGUUGAAGUUACCGCACAAUCCAAUUUUUGGGUGCUGUUAACAAAGUUGUGCAUUAGGAUUGCAUCAUCUUUUCGGUAAUCUCAGAUCGAGCUAGGCGAUAGAAAAUUUUGUACUAUCAGCAAAGGUAAAGGUGGUUGGUACUUCCCUUCGGGCUUCGGGGAGCCUGGUUUUGAGGGGUUUAGUUGAAGUUACCGCAGAAUCCAAUUUUUGGGUGCUGUUAACAAAGUUGUGUAUUAGGAUUGCAGAAUAUUGUACAUCUUUUGGGUAAUCUCAGAUCGAGCUAGGCCAUAGAAAAUUUUGUAUUAUCAGUAAAGGUAAAGGUGAUUGAUACUUCCCUUCGGGCUUUGGGGAACCUGGUUUUGUAUUUUAGUUUCGUUUGUAUAUAGAAACAAUGGCCAGUUUUGUA